AGCAUAUUUUCUUACGUCAUCUGAAGCCACCGGAAGAGCGAGUUAACUGUCCCCGCCCCGGCAGCUCAGUCAAUCCAACCCUGAAGAGAAGGCGAGUCCACGGCUAAAAAUAUAAUAGCUAACACAAGAUGGCCGGUUUGCCUCGUAGGAUUAUUAAGGAGACACAGCGGUUGAUCGCAGAGCCUGUUCCAGGGAUCGUGGCUACGCCCGAUGAAGGGAAUGCACGUUACUUCCAUGUGGUCAUUUCAGGGCCUCAAGACUCUCCCUUUGAAGGAGGCACAUUUAAACUUGAACUAUUUCUUCCAGAAGAGUAUCCCAUGGCAGCUCCCAAAGUGCGAUUCAUGACCAAAAUCUACCACCCCAAUGUUGACAAACUGGGAAGAAUAUGUUUAGACAUUUUGAAAGACAAGUGGUCUCCAGCCCUGCAGAUCCGUACAGUGUUGCUAUCUAUCCAGGCAUUAUUAAGUGCUCCCAAUCCAGAUGAUCCCCUGGCAAACGAUGUUGCAGAGCAGUGGAAGAAAAACGAAAGCACUGCCAUCGAGACAGCCCGAGCAUGGACCAGGCGCUUCGCAUCCAGCCCGAGCAUGGACCAGGCUCUACGCGGGAAACACUGAAGUAUAGAAGAAGCGAGACGAGGCGUCUGAAUGUGAUCCACAAAAUGUACUCCUAUUCUGUCAACAUUUGAAUUUAACGGACACAAAAAAAGAGAAAAAAAAAGAUAAGAUUCUAAGUCCAAAUUUAUUUGAAAGAAAUGACGAGAUUUACUGCUGCAGACCUCUGGGUGACUUAUUUUCCUCUCUAAGACGCGUUAAGUGUGUGUUAACCUUUUUUUUGUUUUGUUUUUUUUUGUUUUUUCCUGUGUUGCUAUUUAAGUGCAUGGACAGAGAAUGACACCCUCCCCACUACAGUCUUAAAAAGAAAUAUACAUGCAAUAUGUUGUCCUGUCCUGAACUGGGCACAUAUACUGGUACGUUUGCAAAAUAUCCAUUAAAGCUGUUCUUCUUUUAACACAUUCA